AUUUCAUCUAAUAAUUGAAGAUAUCUAAUCUUCUAUUUUUAAUUUUUAAAAAUUAAAAAAUGACUGUCUGUUUUUUAUUUUAAUAUUACGCGUUUGGUAUGUUUUAUAAGGUUAUGUGACUAUUUUCCUAAAGCUAAUAUUUCAUCAUAGCUACGACAAAACAAUAUGUAGUCAAGUAGUCAAGUAUAAAACAUUAUUUGAUUAGAAUGCAUGUUGAUUAAAAUAAAUGCUCCAAAUUUUUGUUAAUGAAUAACAAACCUUAAUGUGUUUUAAACGUAUUGUUGCUAAGAGACCGUGAAUUGUAUGUUUAAAAGAUUAGUAAUACUUACGUUAUAAAAUUACUGUUAUUUGUUUCAUUUUAGUGUACAAACCAUUAAAAUAAACUUUAUUUACAUUUACUGUUGACUGUCUCACAAUAACCAAAUCACACAUAUAUGUACUGCAAGAACUGUCGUACUUUGUAAAAACCUGUGAGGUACAUACCAUUGCCAAGCGACAUCGCGGGUUCAUAGGGUAUAACAAAAACCAAUCAUCAUGUCGGACUUUGUCAAACAUAGUAAAUUAUUCAAUAUGUAUGCGAGUAUGUUGAAAAAUCAGAAUACUCAGAACAACGCGGAAUAUCGGAUUUUUGUAAAAAGUGUUCAAGAUAUCGCAAGAUUUAUGGAAGAUACGACCGAUAGUAUCGUCAAAGAUAUCGAAUUCGAAUCGCCAAUCGAUUUUUUCGAAGACAUGGUAAUCGAGUCCAACGAUUAUAAUGUAUUGACAAAAACCAAAGAAUUGGUUUUGAAAUGUGAAGAAAUGAUCCGAGGCUGGAUGUUUACUUUCCGGAAGAUGAUUCAGCAAUACAAAUUGGAAAAAAAACAGCCAGCUUUGUUCGGACCUCACAAAGAAAUAGAGUUCUGGAGAAAAAUGUGUAUUAAGUUUGAUCGAGUGUGUGUUUUGUUCAAGAGCAAAUUCGUGAUGUUUGCCGAAACGGCCAUGGAGCGAACUAAUUCUAGCUUGUUAAAAUCGUGGAUUAUCGUGAAACAAAGAACAAUGCAUUUUUACCAACAAAUUAGCGAAACUGUGAAUUUCCUGAACUCGUUCGAGAAAAUGUUCGAAGAUCUGUACCAACCCGAUAUAAGUCGUCUGAGAUGUGCAGUUGAAAAUAUUUUCGACGCUAUGCCAAUAGCACAAUUUUUUUCCAAGUACGCGUUUGACAAACGAUCCACGACUAAGGUGCUAUUGACGUGUUUGAAUCAGAUGGUGAUAAGCUGUGUUCAGUAUCUGACAGAUGACUUCACUGUAUCCUUUUGGAGCCAAUCCAAAUCCAUAUUGCUCAAGAAACUUGAACUAUGCAUAGAACUCAAAGAUCACGUGUUCUAUUGCCACAACAAAUCGGUCAACAAAAUAAACAUCGAAGACCGGGAGCCGUUUCGGGUAUUAUUCAUCACGUCUUUUGGAAAUUUCGUCGAGUUUAUCAACCGGCUUGACAAAAUGAAAAAUAUAAUAGAAACAUAUCAAUCAUAUAAAGGUUUGAAAAAGUCAUCGAUCCCAAUGGUUCGAAAACUUUAUGCUGAACUAAAAGAAAUGUUCCAAACGUUUACAAAAAAAAGAGAAGACCUAUUAAAAUUAAUCGAAGAUCGAAAAUUUAAAACAGACAGUGACCAAUUUGAUUCGGAUGUAAAGGAUUUGAAAAUUCGUUUAAAAAAUCAUAUAAAAAUUGUGAUAGAAGAAACUCCAGACUUUGUAAACAAGGUUGAAUUGUUAAAAAAGUGUGAAACAUUAAAAAUGGAUGAUUUGGAUCUCGAAACAGUGUACAUUAGUACAUUAAAAAAUAUAAACAUUUACUACAGGGAUUUGUACGCUGGGGUCAGAGAUGACUUGCCAUUUACAUAUCAUUUGCCUAUGAUUUCUUGUCAAAUCAUGUGGAUAGCGAUGAUAAAUGAAAAAAUCAAAACGCCGAUGAAAUUUUUUUUGAGUAAGAGCCAUAAUUUGUGGGGAGAAAAUAUUAAUACGUACAAUGCUUUGUGCAUCGCCCUUAAAAACCAUGAAUUAGCUCUGCACACAGAAUGGAGCGAUCAGAUUGCGGAAAAAGACAACAGCUCAAGGACUGGCCCGUUAUUAAUCAGAGAUCAAACAACGAGAAAAUAUAGCGUUAACUUCUCGAAGUUCAUCACUGAAAAAGUCGAUAUUGCUCAACUUAUGAUUUACCACAGACUCCCCAUACCACGGAGACUACAAUUGAAGGUGCAGCGUAAAGACAUGAUGUACGGAAGAUACAUAUAUGCCGAAGAUAUCGUAAUACGAUACAAUCAAUUGAGACAAAUGGUACCAGAUGUAUUCUAUAAUUUAAUCAAUUUCGAACUGAUGAAAAUGGAUAAGCUGUUGAUACCAUUGCUUAAUACGAUAAAAUGGUCUUCAUCUGGGGCUAUGAAUACAAUGCACGGAGUUAUGUACAAUUUUAAUUACAGCGAGGCGUUUAUAAAAAUGCUUUCCGAUUUGAAUUAUAUUUUACGAACUGAGAUCGAUAAUAUGGGCCAAUAUCUAUUGAUUAAGUUGCCAGAUGAAGCAGUAUGGCCGCAUGAAUUUAAAGAAUUGAAUAAAAUUUAUUUGGAGGAUACCAUAAAAAACAUUUCAGACAAAUCGAUUUUCAUAGAAGAUGUGUUUAAUUAUGCCAUUAAGUUGAUUCUCUAUAGAGUAAACGAUAAAUACUCUUUCAAAGACGAAGAUAUGAUGUAUAACUUUUUCAACGUUAAUAGAGCAUUGGAGGAUAUUAAAGACACGGAUGGAGAAGCAAAACGUAACGAUGAAAAAUUUCCUGCUGCCGAACAUCCAACUAGUAAACAAGUUGAUGACUGGUGCAUGAGUGUUUUUAGGUUCUAUAAUUUUUUUUACACUAAGUCACUGGUAAACACGAUGCGAAGUACCUUUGAGUAUUUGAUAGACGGGUUGUCUUAUUAUCAACGUACGUUAAAUUCGGAACGAGCACCAAUUUUGAAAAUCAAAUUAACUUUGAUUGAUUCUGAAAUUGGAAUUGAACCAACUUGGAGAAUGAUUAGCUCAGCAUUGAAGCAUGUAACUUCAAACGCAUUAAAUGUUACAACAACAUUAACACGUUGGGGUUUUAAUCACAUAAAGAUGAACGAUUAUUUUUAUAAGAAAAAUAUAUCCAAAAACAAAGAUGUGCUUGCUGCAGCCAAAGAAGUAGAAAAUGCUACAAGGCCAUUGAAAAUAGAAAUAGAAAAAGUCAUAUCCGAAUAUUCUAAUAAAUAUCAAGAAAUUUGGGUAGAACAUCAUCAUAAAAUAGAAAAUAUAAAUUGGUUGUUAGAAAAACAAAGCGAAUUGGACUCAAUUCGUUAUGUAUUCGACCAUAUGAAACAAACAAUUGAUACUAUUUACGACGAACCUUCGAGUGUAGAGAUAGGUCCUUUGGAAAUUCAAUUAGACGAAUUCAAAGAGUCUCUUCGCGAAGAAAUCAUAUCAUGGCAAAUCUUAUUUGCCAAUGGCGUGUUGGAGUCUUCUAAACUCAAAUACUUGUGUAAAUACAUAGCGGAGAAAUACAAUAUAAUUGCAUCGCCCAUCAAUGAUUUGGUUGAUGCAAGAAAGAUAAUAUUUUGUUUGGAAGAAUUGGAAGUCAAUUUGACCGAUUUGGACAAUGACAUAGAAAAGACCGUUGAUGUAUAUGAUUUGUUAAGUGAAUACAAAGUUCCAAUUAAGCCUGAUGACGAGAGACAGUUGAAUUUACUCACCGAAACAUAUAAAAAACUCAAACUGGAGAUGUGCAACGCAACACAAAGAUUGUUGGAUAAAUAUAAACCUUUGAGCACGGAAUUGCAAGAAGGGAUAUUAAAUCUUAAAACAGACAUAUUUGUUUUUGACAAACAGUUCGUUGAAAGAGGUCCUAUGGUUGAAGGUCUAAUGCCUUCUGAAGCCGCUGAGAGGGUUUUACUAUUUCAAGACCGUUUCGAAGAAUUAGUUUCGUUGAUGGAACGUUAUCAAGACGGCGAGCGUUUAUUUAAAAUGCCAGUGACUUCUUAUCCUACGUUGAGUGAAACUAAACGAGUUUUCAACUUACUAAAAAGACUUUAUGAUCUAUAUAGUUCAGUCAAUCGAUCAAUUCAAACUUGGUCUAGUACACUAUGGACCCGUGUGAAAAUAGACGAUAUUAUUGAUAGUUUGGCAGAAUACACCCAAAAGUGUCGUAAACUACCGAAAGGUCUAAAGGAAUGGCCAACUUAUGAAGAAUUAAAAAACAACAUUGACGAUUGGUCUGACAAAAUGAUUUUAGUAGAAAUGAUGUUUAAGAAUUCGUUAAAGCCAAGGCAUUGGGAAAUGAUAGAAAAAGCGACUGGUACAUUAUUCCCAGUAAACGACCGCGAUUUUGCACUCAAGGAUAUUAUGUCUGCUCCUCUAUUAAAAAGUAAAGACGAGCUGGAAGACAUAUGCCAGACAGCUAUCAAAGAGAUUGACAUAGAAGCGAAAUUGCGACAGAUAAUACUUGAUUGGUCAACUAUAAAAAUAGAAAUGGCUCAAUUUAAAAACAGAGGAUUUUUACUUGUAAAAGGACAAGAAAUAGCGGAAGUCGUAGCCAUACUAGAGGACUCGCAAAUGGUUAUGAGUUCAUUAGCGUCCAACAGGUAUAAUAUCGCGUUCAAGUCAGAAAUAAUGGAUUGGGUUAAGAAAUUCGCCGUAACAGGUCUAGUUUUGGAAAAUUGGAUUCUUGUACAAAAUCUUUGGAUGUAUUUAGAAGCCGUGUUUAUGGGAGGCGACAUAUCUAAACAAUUGCCACAAGAAACAAAACGUUUCACUGCUAUUGAUAAAUUGUGGGUAACUUUGAUGACCAAAGCACGAUUUCUUGAGAACGCUAUUGAGAUAUGCACCGGGGAUGGGUCAAUGGAAAUUUUAUUGCCGUAUAUGCUUGAACAAUUGGAAUUGUGUCAAAAGUCAUUAGCAGGGUAUUUGGAUCAAAAAAGAAAUAUAUUUUCAAGGUUUUAUUUUAUUUCGGACCCAGUAUUAUUGGAAAUUCUAGGUCAAGCUUCGAACUCACAUAACAUUGGACCUCAUUUGCUUAGUCUUUUUGAUAAUACAGCUAAACUAAUAUACAGCGAGAGCGAGUAUGAUAAAGUGCUGCAGAUUGUAUCUAAAGAAGGUGAAAAAAUUUUAUUAGAACACCCGGUAUUGUGCUCUGGAGGAGUGGAAAAUUGGUUAAAUGUUUUGCUUAAUGAAUCAAAAUUUUCCGUGAAUCAAAUUAUAGCGAACGUGGAUAAUUAUAUUAUGACCGACCCGAAUUUCUCAAUCAUAACAAUGAUUGAGAAAUUUCCUGCUCAGAUUGGUCUCAUCGGUUUACAAUUACUGUGGACAAUUCGUACAGAAUAUGCUCUUAAAAACUCAGUCACCAUGAAAAAAAUUAUGAAAGACACUAAUCAAGAAUUUAUUAAACUCCUCAAUAUACUUAUUGAUGCCACUACUAAGAAUUUGACCAAAAAUGAAAGAUUAAACUACGAGACUUUAAUUACGAUUCACGUUCAUCAAAGGGACAUUUUCGAAUCAUUGUACCAGAUGAAGAUUACGAACUUACUCGAUUUUGAAUGGUUGAAACAAGAGCGGUUUUAUUACACAGAAGAAUUUGACCGAUGCGAAGUUCGCAUAACUGAUGUGUUAUUUGUAUAUCAAAAUGAGUUCCUAGGCUGUUCUGAUAGGCUUGUGAUCACGCCACUCACCGAUCGCUGUUACAUUACCUUAGCCCAAGCAGUUGGAAUGAAUAUGGGAGGUGCACCGGCUGGACCAGCUGGAACAGGAAAAACAGAGACGACAAAAGACAUGGGGAAAUCACUUGGAAAAUACGUGGUUGUUUUUAAUUGUUCGGAUCAAAUGGACUACCGAGGUCUUGGUCGUAUUUUCAAAGGAUUGGUGCAUUCGGGUACGUGGGGUUGCUUUGAUGAGUUCAACCGGAUCGAACUUCCAGUACUUUCGGUAGCCGCUCAGCAAGUAUACAUUGUUUUUAUGGCACGAAAAAGCACCAAAGAAACAUUCGUAUUCAGCGAUGGAGAUACAGUUCCCAUGAACCCAGAAUUUGCUAUAUUUCUGACCAUGAAUCCUGGAUAUGCUGGACGUCAAGAACUACCAGAAAACUUAAAAGUCCUUUUUAGGAGUGUAGCCAUGAUGGUACCUGAUCGAUUGAUAAUAAUACGAGUGAAAUUAGCAGCUUGUGGUUUUAAAAAUAACCAACCUCUAUCAAAAAAAUUUUUCAUACUAUACCAGUUAUGCGAAGAACAAUUGAGUAAACAGGUGCACUAUGAUUUUGGUCUGCGUAAUAUAUUGGCUGUUUUGCGUACGCUUGGCACUCAGAGGAGGAGUAACCCAAACGAAGCCGAAGAAACGAUACUCAUGAGAGUGUUGAAGGGAAUGAACGUUUCAAAAUUAGUCGAUCAAGAUGAAACUAUUUUUUUGUCUUUGAUCGAAGAUUUGUUUGUUGGCAUGAAAUCGACUUCGUCUUCGUAUAAAGAUUUGCAAACAGCUAUAGUGAGCUCGUGCUUUGAGAAACAGUUAGUCAACCAUCCCUCUUGGAAUUUAAAAAUUAUUCAAGUAUAUGAAACGUCUUUGGUGCGUCACGGGCUGAUGAUAUUGGGACCCACUGGUUCUGGUAAGACAACUGCUAUUCAUUGCCUCCUAUCGGCCUUAACCAAAACUGGACUGACACAUUUCGAGUAUAGAAUGAAUCCAAAAGCAAUUACGGCAUCACAGAUGUUUGGGAGAUUAGACGUGGCCACAAAUGAUUGGACCGAUGGUAUAUUUUCGACGCUCUGGAGGAGGACGUUAAAGCUGAGUCCAGAUGAAUACUGCUGGAUAGUAUUAGAUGGUCCUGUGGAUGCAGUUUGGAUAGAAAAUUUAAACUCAGUCUUAGACGAUAAUAAGACACUUACUUUGGCAAAUGGUGAUCGAAUCGUCAUGGCCCCCAACGCCAAACUUUGCUUCGAACCGGACAACGUGGACAAUGCUUCUCCGGCUACCAUAUCUAGGAUGGGAAUGACUUUUUUCUCUGCUACCGUGUUGUCAUGGAGAGUGAUAUUUGGAGGAUGGGGAAAAACUAAAUCAGAAUAUUUGUCUAAUUGCUUUCAAGAAAUUUUUGAUGAUUCUUACAGUGAAUUAUUAAAAAUGCUUCAAUCUAGGCUUACACCCAAAAUGACUUUAUUGGAACCUCACUACAUUCAUCAAACAUGUGAUAUACUAGACGGACUAUUAAGCAUGUUCCCCGAAGAUGUAGAAUUAUCAGUAAAAAUAUUAUCACGGUUAUAUACAUUUGCGAUCAUGUGGAGUAUCGCUGCCGUGUUAGAGUCAGACAACAGAUUAUUACUGGAAGAGUUUAUCUUAAAAGAUCUGGCAGGGAAAGUUAAAGUCCCAAAGCUUAAAGAAGGAGAAUCAAUUUAUGACUAUACUAUUUCAAAAGAAGGCGAAUGGAUACACUGGGAAACGUUAAUAGAACCAUAUACGUAUCCCACUGAUUAUAUACCGGUGUAUGGUGAUAUACUGGUGCCGAAUUUGGACAACGUGCGUACCAUGUUUCUAAUAACUUUGAUCGCAAAUCAAGAGAAAAACGUUCUAUUAAUUGGUGAACAAGGUACUGCAAAGACGGUAAUGAUCAAAAGUUACAUGCAAGAAUUUGAUCCCGAAGUGAGAGUGAGCAAAAUGCUUAACUUUUCUUCAGCUACCACUCCGAACAUGUUUCAAAGUACUGUCGAAGGGUAUAUGGAGAAAAGAUUUGGCACUACGUAUGGUCCUCCAGGUAAUCGUAAAAUGACAAUAUUCAUCGAUGAUAUUAACAUGCCAAUCAUUAACGACUGGGGAGAUCAAGUGACGAACGAGAUAACACGCCAGCUUCUUCAGAACAAGGGAUUCUACUCACUAACCAAGCCUGGUGACUUCGUCCACAUUGUGGGCGUCAAUAUGCUAGGAGCCAUGAUACACCCGGGUGGUGGACGAAAUGACGUUCCACCCCGACUUAAGCGACAGUUCUGUAUAUUCAACUGCACGCUACCAUCGGACACAUCCAUGGACAAGAUAUUUGGAGCACUAGGAUGUGGGUACUUCUGCGUGGAGAGGUUCAACGACCAGGUUGUGCGAUUCUUACCCGGCCUAGUGGCGCUCACCCGAAUCGUGUGGCAGAAGACCAAGCAAAAGCUACUACCAACUCCAGCCAACUUCCACUAUGUGUUUAACCUACGCGACUUGUCCCGCAUCUGGGAAGGUAUGUUACAAGUAUGCUCUGCAGAAUGUCCGGAUGUCCGGAUGUUGUUGCGGUUGUGGUGUCAUGAACUACAACGCGUCGUCUAUGACAAGUUGACCAGCUCACAAGACAAAGACUGGUUUUUAGAGACGAUUCGGUCUUCAGCUGAGAAGUUUCUCGGACGCGAGAGCUACAGAAUGAUGCCACCUAAUAUGAAAACGAUCGUCUUUGUCGACUUUAUGCGGGACAUGGUCGAUCCGACUGGCGACGAGCCAGACGACUUCGAACCCGAGACUCCGAAUAUUUAUGAGAGCAUCGAAGACUUUGAAGUGUUAAAAGAUAGAAUGCUGAUGUUUAUGGGUCAAAUGAAAGAAGCGACUCGUGGUACUGUAGUAGAUUUAGUCUUUUUCAGAGACUGUAUGAUACAUCUGAUUAUCAUAGCUCGUAUACUAAGGAUACCUCGUGGAAACGGUCUACUUGUAGGCGUCGGAGGUUCAGGUCGGAGAUCGGUGACCACUUUGGCGUCAUUUAUUGCUAAAUACAAACAACAUUCAAUCUUUUUAACAAGAUCAUAUAAUGUCAACAAUUUCUUGGACGAUAUCAGAAUACUUUAUAGAUUCGCCGGAAUCCAAGAUACGAAAACCACAUUUGUAUUCACAGAUAACGAUAUUAAAGAGGAGUCUUUUCUUGAGUAUAUUAACAACAUAUUGAGUUCUGGAGAAGUGGCUAACUUGUUUCCCAAAGAUGAACUCGAAGAAAUGUUGAAUAGUAUAACUCCGUUAUUUAAAAAGAAGUCACCUAGAGGAAAUCCAUCUAUGGACAACUUGUACCAAUUUUUCAUUAAACAAGCUAUGAACAAUUUACACUUAGUUUUAUGUUUUUCACCAAUUGGAGAAAGUUUUCGUUUACGUUCAUUAAAGUUUCCUGGUCUCAUAUCUGGUUGCAUUAUCGAUUGGUACACUGCAUGGCCCACAGAUGCACUACUAGCAGUAUCUCAUUAUUUUCUAGAUGACUUCUCUGUGGUCGGUACAAUAGAAGAAAAGACGUCAUUGAUACAAUUGCUUGGCGUUAUACACGAUAACGUUGCAAAAGAUUGCACAAAUUACUUCCAAAGGUUUCGUCGAAAAAUAUUUGUAACGCCAAAAUCAUUCCUUUCGUUUGUAAAUGACUAUAAGAUUUUGUAUGUAAAAAAUAUACACGAAAUUGAGCAAAUGAAAAAGCAAAGAAUAUUGGGAUUAGAGAAACUCGCCGAUGCCUCGAUACAAGUGGGAAGAUUAAAAGAAGAAUUGACAGAAAAAGAAAAAGAAAUGGCCAUCGCAACAGAAGCUAGUACAGAGGUAACGACUAAAGUGAACAUCGUGGUUAAAGCUGCAGAAAUAAGUAAAGCUGAAGUAGCAGUCGUGAAAGAUCGAGCAGAAUUAUUAUUAAAAAGCAUUUCAAAAGAAAAAAAGAUCGCCGAAAUUAAACUUGCUAAAGCUAAACCAGCAUUAGAUGCUGCCGAAGCAGCUUUAUUGACUCUUACAGCAACUGAUAUAGCUACCGUACGGAAAUUGGGCAAACCACCUUACUUAAUUACGGUGAUCAUGGAUUCUGUACUCAUAUUUUUUCAACGAAAAUUACCGAAAGUCGUAUUGGAUACAACCAAAGUAUUUUUAGAACCCAAUUGGAAGGAAUCUUUAAAAUUAAUGUCUGACACAAGAUUUCUAUUCAACCUUCAAAAUUAUCCAAAAAAUCAAAUCAAUGGAGAAACAAUUGAUUUAUUGCAACCAUAUUUUAAGUAUCAAGACUAUACAUUUGAAAAAGCGAAAUUGGCAUGCGGAAAUGUAGCCGGACUUCUUAGUUGGACAUUGGCUAUGUCAGAUUUUUAUAAUGUAAACAAAGAAGUGCUUCCAUUGAUUGCGAAUUUAGCUAAACAAGAGGGUAAACAUAUCCAAGCUAAAGAACAAUUAAAAGCUGCGGAGACCAUAGCUUUUGAAAAAAAUAAGGAGUUGUUAGAAGCAAAAAAAAAAUUAAAUAUAGCUUUAGGUUCACAGCAAUUAAUUCAAAAUGAAGCAGAUAAAUGUAAGAAUAAAAUGAAUUCGGCAACUGCACUUAUUGAAGGUCUAGAAGGAGAAAGAAAAAGAUGGAAACAUCAGUUGGCGGGUUUUAAUUUGGAAAUUAAAUAUUCACUAGGAGAUAUCGUUAUACUGACGGCAUUUUUAAAUUAUUCUGGGCCAUUUAAUCAAGAAUUUAGAACGCAGAUUCUGCAAUCGUGGUAUGAUCAAUUGAACGAGAGGAGCAUUCCAAAUUCACCAAGUUUGAAUGUGUCUGAAAAAUUGGCUGACCCUCCAACUAUUAGCGAAUGGAAUCUCCAAGGAUUGCCAAAUGAUGAACUUUCAAUUCAAAACGGUAUUAUUGUAACAAAAUCAUCAAAAUAUCCAAUUAUGAUUGACCCACAGAGUCAAGGAAUAGCUUGGAUUAAAAAUAAAGAAGCGGUAAAUAACAUGGUUGUUACUACCUUUGAUGAUAAAUAUUUCAGAAAUUAUCUUGAAGAUAGUUUAUCAUUGGGAAAGCCAUUACUAAUCUAUGAUGUACAGCAAGAUGUCGACCCGAUAAUAAAUAACGUUCUAGAGAAAAACUAUUACGUAAAAGGCAAAUUCUUAAAUGUAUUAUUAGGAGAUAAAGAAAUUGACGUGAGUGAAGAUUUUCGAUUAUAUCUUACUUCAAAACUUGGAAAUCCAUCGUAUCCUCCGGAACUCUACGCCAAAUGUAUAAUCAUCGAUUUUACUGUAACUAUAAAAGGGCUGGAAGAUCAAUUAUUAAGUAGAGUAAUCGAAAUCGAGAAGAAGGAAUUAGAACAGGAGCGUAUUGAAUUAAUCGCCGAAGUGACUUCUCAAAAACGAAAAAUGCAAAAAUUAGAACACGACCUUCUGAUAAAAUUAACUACUGUAAAAGGGUCAUUGGUGGAUGAUGAAUCAGUAUUAUAUACGUUGAAUAAGACCAAGGAUACGGCUACUGAUGUCAGCGAAAAAAUAGAGGUUGCGAACAAGACUCAAGCUUCAAUAAGCGUGAUGCGUGAACAGUAUCGUCCGAUUGCCACUAGAGGUUCAGUAUUAUACUUUUUAAUCGUAGAAAUGGGAAUGGUUAAUCCCAUGUAUCAGAAUUCGUUACAACAGUUCUUAGAACAGUUUGAUAAAUCGUUAUCAAACUCUGAAAAAGCUGUUAUGCUCGAACGUAGAAUAAAUAACAUCAUUGAAUAUUUGACUUACGCCAUAUUCAAAUAUAAAUGCCGUGGCUUAUACGAGAAACACAAAAUACUUUUUACUAUACUCAUGACACUCAAAAUAGAUCUAGAGAGAGGAAAAAUCACUAGAAGCCAGUUUGAAUAUUUUAUCAAGGGUGGCGCUUCGGUUGACAUAACUUCUAUUAAACCUAAACCAUUUGAUUGGGUGACUGAUAUUUGUUGGCUGAACUUGGGCUUAUUGCAAACCAUUUCACCGUUCCAAUCAAUAAUGACUGCAGUUGAAAUAAAUGGAAGCUCGUGGAAAAAAUGGUACGAGAAGAGUAGUCCGGAAAAAGAAAAAAUGCCAGAUGGAUUUGAUAGGCUUGACGUGUUCGAAAGGUUAUUGAUGGUGAGGGCAUGGUGCCCGGAUAGGACGAUGAAUCAAGCAUUUGCCUACGUCGAAGAAUCGCUUGGACCUGAAUUUGUAGAAACUGUGAUGUUCGAUAUUGAAGAGAUGUACCUUGAAUCUAAGAGUAUUACGCCUAUGAUUUGUUUCUUGAGUAUGGGUUCUGAUCCUAGUAGCCUCAUCGAGAAUACGGCAAAAAAGUUAGAAAUACCGUUCUAUUCUGUGUCUAUGGGUCAAGGUCAAGAAGUACACGCUGAGAGGUUGAUGAAGGAAUGUGCAGCUAAUGGUGGAUGGGUAUUACUUCAAAAUUGCCAUUUGUGUUUGAAUUUUAUGCAAGAAACGUUUACGUAUAUCAACACACAAGUGGCCCUGUCUAACCAAGAAAACUUUAGAAUAUGGAUAACUACAGAAGUGCAUCCUAAAUUCUCUAUAUCACUUCUACAAAUAUCAAUACAUUUUACAUAUGAGCCCCCAGAAGGAUUGAGAGCCGGGUUGAUGAGAACUUUUAUCAAUAUGGGAGAUGACACGUUAGUCUACUCCAGCAUAUCGCAAUAUAAACCAAUAUUAUAUGUGAUUUCUUUUCUCCAUUCCGUCGUUCAAGAACGUAGAAAAUUUGGUCCCGUCGGUUGGAACAUACCAUACGAAUUCAAUACAUCAGAUUGGUAUUCAUCGACUUUAUACUUACAAAAAAUGGUCGAUGAUAUGGAACCAACUUCUGAAAUCAACUGGGUCGCCUUAAGAUACAUGUUAGCCGAAGUGCAUUACGGCGGCCGGGUAACCGAUGACUAUGACCGACGACUAUUAAACAAUUUUACUGAACUUUGGUUUACAAACGAUAUGUUUAGCGAACAGUUUUGCUUUUACGAAGGAUACAACGUAUUGGUAUUUAAUAAACUGACCGAGUAUUUAGCGGCUAUUGAUGAAAUGCCACUGAAAGAUCCUCCUCAAGCGUGUGGACUUCACCCGAACACCGAUAUUACAUACCAAACUAAUAUGGUUCAAGAAAUGUUUAACACUAUUAUAAUGAUUCAACCAAAAGGUUCUGGCGGCGGUAGUGAAGUGACCCGCGAAGAAAAAGUGUACAAUACGAGUUCGGACUUGUUGGAUAAGUUACCGCUCGCCUUCAACAUGUUUAUCAUCAAAGAAAGAUUAACGUUAAUGGGUCCGACGCAACCUAUGAACAUUUUCUUAGGACAAGAAAUCGAGCGCAUCCAAAAGGUUACCGAAAUAGUGAAAAAUACUUUGGAAGACCUCUUGUUAGCGAUUGACGGAAUAAUCAUUAUGAACGAAGUUUUGUCUGAAACAUUGGAUUACUUGUAUGAUGGCCGCAUCCCGGCACAUUGGUUGAGGGCCUCUUGGACUUCUUCGACUAUCGGUUUUUGGUUCAACGAGUUGUUAAACCGGCACAGCCAGAUCACGACGUGGGUGUUCAGGGAAAAACCAGCACAGUUUUGGAUGACUGGUUUCUUCAACCCACAGGGAUUCCUCACGGCGAUGAAACAAGAAAUAUCCAGAGCUCACAAGGGCUGGACGCUGGACAACAUCGUGCUCGAGAACGAAGUAACGUUGUACUACAGACAAGACGUCAAAAAGCCACCACUGGAAGGCGUUUAUGUGUACGGACUAUUCUUGGAUGGGGCAAGUUGGAACAGGAGGGAGAAGGAACUACAGGAAUCGCUCCACAAGAUCAUGUUCACGGAAAUGCCCGUCAUACACAUAUACGCGAUAAAUACGAUCGGGAACAAAUUAAUGCCCGGCUACGAGUGUCCGGUUUACAAAAAACCAUCGAGAACGGGAUUAACGUACGUGUGCGAAUUGCGUCUCAGGUCGCCAAAGGGGACAUUAGAAGCCCACUGGAUAUCUAGAGGCGUUGCUCUUCUGUGUGACAUAAAAUAAUACAUAUUUUGCAGUAUAAUUUAUUUAAUAAAAAUUACAAAAUCAAUAGCAAAA